AUGCGUUUUUUGAGUUUGCUUUGUAUUUUUUGUGUGGUAGCUUGGGUUUUAAAUGCCGGUAAGUCACUAAAGUAGAUGGGUAAAGGAUUUUUUAAGGUGAUAGUGCGGAAGAAAAAAAUGUGAGGCGAAGAAGAGCAGAUGAAGAAGCGCCGGAAGAGGCUAGGGUCAAACGAUACGAAUUCAGACUUUUCAAACGUCAUGAUGACGAGGAAGAGAAGAAUUUGAAUAAGAGGCAUAAUGAAGACGAAGAAGAAGAAAAGGAAGAAAGCAGGAAACGAGAUACAGAAGUUGAAGAAGAGGAGGAUGACGAGGAGGAAGAUGAAGAGGCUGAAGAAGAGAAAGAAAAGGAAGAAGAGAAAGAAAAGGAGGAAGAAGAGAAAGAAAAGGAAGAAGAGAAAGAAAAGGAAGAAGAGAAGGAAAAGGAGGAAGAAGAGAAGGAAAAGGAGGAAGAAGAGAAGGAAAAGGAAGAUGAGGCUGAGGAAAAAACCGAAGACCAGGAAGAUGAAACAGAAGCGAAGAAAGGAACCACUAAAAAACCAAAACGUAGACGUAAGUUUCUUUCACCGGAGGUCAAAAAAUUAACUACAGAUACCAAUUCGGAAUCAAUGACUCAGGGAGAACCGACACAACAACAAGAAGUGAAGUCUGAGGCAAAAGAUCCUGCUCGACUCAGAAGACACGUAAAGCAUUCACACGGCACCAACCUCGGGCAUGCAUCGUCAGCUACCACAGAAGGUUAUUUACCUCACUACUAA